CGCCAGCCUCAGACAGACACAGCAGGAAGGGGCCUGAGAGGCUGACAGAGGCAGGAUGGGUGCAAGGCAGGGGUGGAAGGGAGGGACCAGCCCGGGCUGCACCAGUGGGAGUGGCUCCACCCUUCCCACUUCAGAGCCAUGGGGAGCCAGGGUUCUGGCGGGAUGCCCUUGGUGCAGGUUCCCUACACAGUCCUGCUGCUGCCGCUGGGAACAAGCCGCCAAGACCCGGGGGCCCGGAGCUUCUUCCUUUGGCUGCGGAGGAUGCAGGCUCUGGAGAGAGAACAGGAUGCCCUGUGGCAGGGGCUGGAGCUGCUACAACAUGGCCAGGCCUGGUUUGAAGACCGUCUGAAGGAGGCACAGCAACAGCAGCUGCAUCUAGGGGCCCUUGGUGAGAAUUUUCUAACAGAUUUACACUCAGAGCCUGGUGGCCCCCCGUUAGCCCAGAUUCAAAAGGUGAACAUCUGUUUGCAGAAUCUGAUUCAUGAGAAGUUCUCCCCAAGUCCACUGAACAAGGCUAGUUCCUGCACCACCCAGGAUUCAAAGGAAAGACGAAGGAAGCAGAACUUGUGGCGGCAACAGGAGUUGUCAAGGCAGCAGAAAGGAGUCACCCAGCCAAAGGAGGAGAUGGCUCAACGGGGCUGCACCAACGGGCCAAGAGGCCCUACCCGUGUCUAAACCCUCCUCUCACUCCCCUAAGCCUGGUGAAACAGUCAGAAGCCCCAGGCUCCUUUUUCUGUUUCUUAACUCAACAGCUAAAAAAUGGCUCCAGGUAGUGAGUCAAUGAAGUUCAGACAUCUUGGUGUAAUGUUUCUCCUCUGCUCCUGAAAACUUCACCUUCUUGGUGUCUCACGUCCUCAUUCUCCCCUAUAUGACGUGCAAAAAUGAUCUUUGAAAUCCCUCUGGGGAGAAGACAUGUUUAUUGAAACUGUCCUUCAGCCUUAAAUACAAAAAUAAAACCAAAGCUGCUCCAGAAAGCAACUUUCUCCAAAAA